AUUCGAAGAUAUUUGACUUUGAAUAGCUGGAAAGGCUCUAUUUAAACUUUAUUGAUUACCUUUCUUCUCAUAUCUGGCGCCAUAAUUUUACGAGCACACACAUAUUUCAGCUGUUGAUUGAGGUAAACAUCUUUGUAAAAACAACUUUUAUUUAACUCAUUGUACUUAAAACAUGUAUGAAAUCGAAAUAAUUGGGCCAAUCCAAAAUUUUUGGUAUUUUGCUUCUGUCUUAUCCUUCCAUGGAUGACCUGUGAACAAAGAGGCAAAUAAUUCAUCUCAAGAAUUUUUCUGUGUCUAAAUAGUUAUUAGUAAAUUGUGAUCUACUAUUAAUUUUUCAUCAGAAGUAUUUUCAAUUUGAUGAUCAAUGAACGCGUAUUAUCGAUAAGUGUUUUGUAUCGAGUAAUCAAAAUUUCUUCCUUGACUAGUCGUUGACUAAUUCAUGUGAUAAUUGGUUAAAGUUUUCUAACUACCUUUAAAAUGAAUGCAAAGUGUCUUUCUACGGAUGGUUUCACGAUUGUAAAUCGACGUCGAAAAGGUAAAAAAAAGAAUCCUUCAUCGAACCAAAGAUCCCAAUUAGCUUAUUGUUUCAUAGACCAAUGCGACGAAAAGGAGGUCGAUGACCAAGAAUUUUCUUCUAGAUUGAGCUCUAAAUUGGAUAAAUGCUCAGAAACUCUCAAAAGAAUCAAAUUUGUUGAGCGGGUUAUUCAUGGACUAUCUCAACCUAUUGGUAACAAAGUUGGAACAAACACAUCCACUGAUGACAAAAAACGUUUUGAUAACUCGAGAAUGAACUCCGAUAAAUGUCCAUUCAGACAAUUUGGACAAGUAGUUUCAUACGGAAUCGGUAGAUUCUCCGCAUCAAAAGAAUCUCUUUACCAACUCAGUCUUCUCUUCAUCUUAAAAAAUGAGAAAAUAGUGACCGCAGAAGAAUGGCUUAUUUAUGAUCCGGUGUUUACUGACCACGAAAAAAAAUUCCUUUCUGCUAACGGUUUCAAAAUCAUGGAUGUGAAUGAAAAAGGAGCAAGAAAAAUUACUUCAUCAACAUUUUUUUAUAUGCCUCACUGUCCUAUUCCAAUGUACAAUAAUUUACUCUGGUCUAAUUGGUCAUCUUCCAGUUUGAGCAAGAUGGUAUUAUUAGGGACCAGUUUUGAAUCAUUGGUGAACUCGUUUAUUGAUUCAGACCAACAGAAAGAUUUUGCAUAUCUAAUACAUACCUACCAAAGCAAUCUAACUAUUGAAUUUCCUCUGAACGCUCCUUCAGAUAUUUAUGAAGCGUUUAACGACCUGAGUAUCCAUUUUUUCAAACCUGCUGGUGAAAUAGAAGAUUUUUUGAAAAAAGUUAAUUUAAACCAUAUACCGAAAUAUACGAAUAAUGAAUUCUCAAGUGAACUGAUCAUAAAUUGAUUUAUUGGUUGUUAUAAAAUUGUCAAGGGCU